CAGGCAGCCGCGGCCGCCCUGAGGCGCGCGGCAGCCUUGGCAGCGGCCUUCCACUCCUCCGCCGCAGCGCUCUCCAAAUCCACGAUGCAAGCGGAACUAAUCUAGAAAAAGGAGGAGCUUUUUUAUAGCAAUGUUAACAGAUAUACAUCGCAGCAGUGAUGCGUCCCUUCUGUGUUAGCAAAUCUUCGCUGCAAUUCCAAUUUUCUACCACCGGGGAUGGGGAGAACUCUGCUUGCAAUUCAUUCUCACCAAUAUGUGUGCAGUUUGCUUCCUGACAACUGAGUAGCUCGGUAUCCAUGUCUUAGUUAAGCUAUCUUCUGCUAUUGAGCUUAGGGUUUGAGUGGUAACCUUCUCUCGCGCUGUAAAGUUGUGCACUUUCACGCUACGACUUGUACUGCUGUGUAUGAGUGUGCUUCAGGUUUGAUUCAGAUAAAUUUGGAACUUCUACUGAAAAAUUGAACAAAAAAAAAAUGCAUUUCUUCUUUUGUACGAAGUUCAGUUGUUGAUCUGCAAGAUCAGACCGACAAAACCCAAAACUAUAAAGUGGCUGUGAAGCGCUUGUUAAGCACUGUAGCAUUUGCAUUUCUUCAACUAUCUGGAAUUUAACAGUUAUGGAACUGUUUCUUGGACAGGCAGGGCAGCCUCAUAUCCGAUUCGCCGUCCGUGAAAAGCGUGCAGAUGCAAAGAGCGCCCUUAAAAACCUUCUGCUCAGUGGCAGCCCCUAUCAGGAAAGCAGUAAUAAACAAAUGAGAAAGCAAAAAGUCAGUGGCAAAUCAAAUGGCCAGCGUUCUUGUCCAGGAAAAAAUCGACAUAGCAAAAAUAAAUGUGGGCACAACUGGAGAAAUUUUGACGAAGACGAUUGCACCGAUACAUCAUAUGGUACCUUUGGUGGUAAGAGAUCUUUUACCUGGUACUGGCCUGAGGAUGGUGACGGCCUUGGUAGUUCUCCUAGUGGCUUUCAGUGGAGGGAUGAGUCUCAAACGACCAAAUCAAGGAAAAAGUUUUGGAAUGAAAGUGAUGUUGAUGAGGAAGAAGAGUUGGUCCAUGACAAUCUGCAAAGCCAUAGAAUCUCUCUUGGAUUGCCAUGUUUAGGCCCCUUAAAACUGGAUCAUAUUAAGUCGGCCUUUCGUGCAUCUGCUCUCAAGUGGCACCCGGACAAGCAUCAAGGCCCUUCACAGGUGUCGAUUCUGAACACAUUUAUAUGCUCCAGGCUGAAGCAGAGGAAAAGUUCAAGCGCUGUGUGGAAGCAUACAAUGCAUUGGCUGGUGCCUUCAAGUCAAGUAGCUAAAACUACCUUUGGAGCAUGCGAGAACAAGGAGAAUUUUUUAGAACUUCUAAUGAUGUAUGGAGCUGCUGGAGUUUCAGGACACCGAGAAACCAUCAGCAGAAAAAUGAAGUAGUUUGGCCUUCAUGUUCAUGACGAAUCCAAAAGUAUAAUCUAAUAGUAAAAACAUAAAUUGGGUCAAUCGUGCCAAAUCAAUUGAGGCUACACAAAUUAUUGGGCUCAUUUGUAUGCUUGAUUCCAUGUUGCAGUAAGAGUAAAUACUAUUCCACAGAGUGUUUGUUGUAAAAUUUCAUACCGCGUGAUAUAUCCUGAGGACCACAAACCGUUGAUGCGUCAGCUAUACUUGUAUGCAUUUUCUUCGAUUGAAUU